CCUAACAUCAUUGCUUGUUUCUUCUUGUUUGGGCUCAAGGGCAAUCGUAAAAGUUCGGUUUUAUUAAAACUAGAAUGUAGCCAGAUUUUUGUAGUGUAGUACGGUUUCUUCUGUCUUCAUCUCUCCGACACAGUCAAAUCCCGUCACCAUGCCAGUUCUAGACGGGCUUCGCCAUGGCGAGCCGGUUGACGGUAGCGCCAGCCCUAGCUUCCAACCUACUACCAAGCGACAAAAGAUAGUAAUUGUUGGAUUGGGAAUGGUCGCCAUCUCCUUCAUUGAGAAAGUCAUCAAGCAAGAUACAGCCGGCCGAUAUGAUAUUGUGGUCAUUGGAGAAGAAGCACACAUCGCCUACAACCGUGUAGGACUAUCAACAUACUUUGAACACCGAAAAAUUGAGGACCUAUACCUCAAUCCGAAAGAAUGGUACGGAUCAUUCAAGGAACGAGCCUUUGAUCACCAUCUCAACACCCGCGUUACCAACAUCGAUCCCACCAACAAGACAGUCCAAACAUCAACAGGAGAAACAGUCUCCUAUGAUAUUCUCGUCCUUGCAACUGGCUCCGAUGCCGUCCUUCCAACACACACCCCCGGCUACGAUGCCAAGGGCAUUUUCGUAUACCGUACGAUCCAAGAUCUCGAGAACCUUAUUGAAUUCGCAUCCCAACACAAGGGCCAAACAGCUGUUACGGUCGGAGGAGGUCUUCUUGGCCUGGAAGCGGCCAAGGCCAUGACGGAUCUGGAAGAUUUCGGCAAUGUCAAAUUGAUUGAUCGCAACAAGUGGGUCUUGGCCCGGCAACUAGACGCAGAUGCCGGUUCCUUGGUAACUCGCAAGAUUCAAGAAUUGGGUCUUGAUGUGCUCCACCAGAAGCGGGUCGCGGCUGUGAACACAGAUGAGGAUAACAAUGUCAUUGGUAUGACAUUUGAGGAUGGUGAGCAGAUUGACUGCUGCUGCAUUUGCUUUGCGAUUGGUGUGAAACCGAGAGAUGAAUUGGGCCAAUCGGCUGGUAUUCAGUCGGCUGGACGAGGAGGUUUUGUCAUUGACGAAAGUCUCCAAACAAACGUCCCAGACAUUUACGCCGUCGGCGAAUGCGCCAGCUGGGAGAACCAGACAUUCGGUAUCAUCGCGCCCGGUAUCGAAAUGGCCGAUGUCCUCGCCUACAACCUCACAAACCCCGACAAGGAGCCAAAGCGCUUCACACGACCAGAUCUCAGCACGAAGCUGAAGCUACUUGGAGUUGAUGUCGCCUCGUUUGGAGACUUCUUUGCCGACAGAGAUGGACCCAAGUUCCUCCCCGGCCGACGUCCCUCUGUCAUCGACGGUGCCAACACAGAAGUACCUCGUGAGAAAGAGCCUCCCGUCAAGGCAUUGACAUACAAGGAUCCAUUCGGUGGAGUGUACAAGAAGUAUUUGUUCACCAUGGACGGGAAAUUCCUUCUUGGAGGUAUGAUGAUCGGCGAUACCAAGGACUAUCUCAAGUUGAACUCGAUGGUCAAGAGUCAAAAGGAACUCGAUGUGCCGCCAAGUCAAUUCAUUCUUGGGGCGCAGGGUGAUGGCGAAGAGAAUGCUGAUGACCUUGAUGACAGCGUGCAAAUCUGCUCUUGUCACAAUGUGACCAAGGGUGAUGUGGUCGAGUCCGUCAAGAACGGUACUUGCAAGACCAUGGGUGAAGUUAAGUCCUGCACCAAGGCUGGUACUGGUUGUGGUGGCUGUAUGCCUCUGGUGCAGUCCAUCUUCAACAAGACCAUGCUUGAGAUGGGACAGGAGGUUUCAAACCACUUGUGCCAACAUAUCCCCUACUCCCGUGCCGAUCUGUACAACAUUGUCGCCAUCAAGCAGCUGAAGACAUUCCCCGAGGUCAUGGCUGGCGCCGGCAAGAACCCCGAUUCAUUGGGUUGUGAACUGUGCAAGCCUGCCAUCGGUUCCAUUCUAUCCAGUCUGUUCAACCCCCACGUUAUGGACAAGGGAUACAACGACCUCCAAGACACCAACGACAAGUUCCUCGCCAACAUCCAAAGGAACGGAACAUUCUCCGUCGUGCCUCGCGUACCAGGUGGUGAGAUCACCGCUGAUAAGCUAAUUGCCAUUGGCUCGGUCGCCAAGAAGUACGGAUUGUACUGCAAGAUCACUGGUGCUCAGCGUAUCGACAUGUUCGGAGCGAAGAAGCAGGAUCUUCUGAACAUCUGGACUGAGCUUGUGGACGCUGGUAUGGAGAGUGGUCAUGCGUAUGCCAAGGCUCUUCGUGCUAUCAAGAGUUGUGUGGGUACUACCUGGUGCCGAUUCGGUGUUGGUGACAGUGUUGGUAUGGCUAUUCGGUUGGAGGAGCGGUACAAGAGUAUUCGUGCUCCUCACAAGUUCAAGGCCGCUGUGUCGGGCUGUGUGAGAGAGUGUGCCGAGGCACAGAACAAGGAUUUCGGUCUUAUCGCGACCGACAAGGGUUUCAAUAUCUAUGUUGGAGGUAACGGUGGUGCGAAGCCUCGCCACUCUGACCUGCUUGUUACGGAUGUUCCCCCCGAGAUGGUGAUGCCCAUCAUUGAUCGCUACUUGAUCUUCUAUAUUCGCACAGCAGACAAGUUGCAACGAACGGCCCGAUGGAUCGAGAACUUGCCCGGUGGUAUCAGCUACCUGAAGGAAGUCAUUAUCGACGACAAGCUCGGUAUUUGCGCCGAUAUGGAGCGACAAAUGCAGGAACUGGUCGACAGCUACUUCUGCGAGUGGACCGAGACCGUCCGGGAUCCAAAGCGCCGAAAGACUUUCCAGCAAUUCGCCAACACGGACGAGACUGUUGAAACGGUUGAAGUGAUCAAGGAACGCUCUCAAACCCGCCCCACAUACUGGCCCGCGACCUCAGCACAAGAAGAUUUCAAGGGCCACCAGUGGUCUGACCUCUCAUGGCAACCGGUCGUGAAAUCGGAUCACUUCUCUGAUGAGCCUCCACAAGUCUCGUCCGCGAAUGUUAAGCGAGGAGACACCCAACUCGCAGUCUUCAAGAUCAAGGGCAAGUUCUACGCCACCCAGCAGAUGUGCCCCCACAAGCGAGCAUUCAUCCUUUCCGACGGUCUGAUUGGUGACGAUGACGCCGGCAAAUACUGGGUGUCUUGCCCGCACCACAAGCGCAACUUCGAGCUCAACGGUGAGCAAGCCGGACGAUGCUCUAACGAUGAGAGUCUCAACAUCGCAACCUUCCCUGUUGAGGAAAGAGACGAUGGUUGGGUCUACGUCAAGCUGCCUCCCAUCGAGGAGCUUGAUUCCGUUCUUGGAACAGAGAAGUGGAAGGUCAAGAAAGGUGAAGCUCCAGACCCAUUCCAGAAGCUGGACAAGCGGUACAAGGGCAUGAAGGGCAAGAAGGUGGCUGAGGGUGAGGGUGUCUCCAAAUCACUAGCUCAGCCCGCGAAGGGGAUCGACUGGUAGAUCAUAGAAUGUUUCAUUAAUGAUUGGAUGGUCAUUUGGCGUUUGGGCUGGGUCAUCAAUAGGUUAUUCCAUAGCGAGAUUCUCAAUUUUGAUACAUUUCCCAUCAUUUAA